AAGCACGCCGAUCUGAAAUGUGCUCUAGGUCACUUUCUUCCGAUAUAUAAAGCUAUUGGUGUGUAUGGCUUGCGUCGUCCCCUAUCAUUCUCUGCUUCCAGGUCCCGUCAGUUGGAGACACAAUGAGCGAAACAACACCUCUCAUCGAGCGGGCAAAGAAGGUGGACCGAAAGGCGCCAAUGUUCUUGGCCUUUCGAAGUUCAAAAUGGUUUAUCAUCUUUACUGUGACUGCUGCUGUGUUCACUGAUACGCUCCUGUAUGCCGUGGUUGUGCCAGUGUUUCCAUUCGCGCUGCAUGAACGAGCGGGUAUCGACACGGAGGACAUACAAUGGUGGGAGUCAUUUUUGUUCGCUUUGUUUGGCAUAGCAGGCCUGGUGCUCUCUCCAAUUUGCGGAUAUAUAGCCGACCGUUCAAGCAAUCGACAAGUCCCGUUCGUAUUUGGGCUCAUCAUGGCCAUCCUAGGAACGAUACUGUUUGGACUCGCGGAAGACGUAUGGUUACUUGUUGCGAGCCGAAUCCGUCAAGCUAUAGCCUCUGCUAUCGUAUGGAGUGUUGGCCUCGCUGUUGUUAUUGAUUCUGUGCCCAAGGGAGAAGUAGGACAGUCAACUGGAAUUGUUCUCAGUGGCGUUAGUGUCGGCUACAUUCUGAGCCCUACCCUUGGAGGUAUUGUAUACGAGCACAGUGGGUACAUGUCUGUUUUCGGCAUGUGUGCUGGAUUGCUCACCGUCGACAUUCUUCUUCGAAUUUUAAUGAUUGAGAAGAAAACGGCAGCCCAGUACAUACCGAAAGACGAGGAAGGAAAUGAGGGCGACGUGAUAUUCACAAAGGCUAUUGGCUGUGAACCUAGCGUUCAACCUACUGAUGGGCGACAGAACGGGGUCUCGAGUCCUGCGAUGCUGCCGAAAAACCCCCCCAAAAAGCAUCAGUUACCACUCGUCAUACAGUUCUUCAUCACUCCUCGAUUUUUUGUGGCAUUCUGGGGGUUUUGCGUGUAUGUCGCAGUCUUAGGCGCAUAUGAUUGUGUACUGGCGCUGUACGUGAAGCGGCGUUUCGGAUGGAGUCCUAUGUUUGCUGGGCUCAUCUAUCUGACACUUGCAGUGCCGAGUUUAACAGCACCACUGGUCGGGUCUUGGGCGGAAAAGUCGAAGCCGCGCUGGUUUGCAAUUAUAGGUUGCUGUCUUGCAGCGGUCAUGCAAGCGCUGCUCAUGCUAGUCGACCAAGAAGGGACAAGCAAGGUCUAUUUGUUGAUUGUGCUGCUGGUUGGUUUGGGCUGUGUGCACACUUUGAUAGGAGCACCACUCGCAUCCGAAAUGUCUGCUUGCGUUGACCAGCUUGAAAGGGACAAUCCGGCGGCAUUUGAAGGCUAUUCUGGCGGUGGAUACGCCCAAUCCUCUUCUCUACUCAACGUUGCCAAUUCGAUAGGUCUCCUCAUGGGGACGACAUUCGCAGGCUAUCUCAUGGACAACUAUGGAUGGAGGCUAAUGAGCAUAGGACUGGCAAGUCUUACCUUUAGUGGCGCAAUUCCAGCCGCGGUGCUCGAGUUGAAAAGGGUAAAGAGACAGGGAGUCUGAUCUACUGCCA